AGAAUUAUUCUUUUUUAUAAAAUGCUCAUUCUUAGUGUUAGUGUUUUGUCAUGCUGCAGUACCAGAGACCACACACACCCUUAAGGAAUAAAGGCUGCGUUGAAAUUUACACAUUUGAUCAUAUUACUUGCCUAUUUUCUUAUAAUCUUUGGAGGGAAAAUGCUGGCUCGGUCUUCGAAGAGUAAAUGAACUGAUGAGAUUGUAGCUACUGCAGUGCUAAAGAUAAGAUGGUUUCUAACUACACCACUGAGCUCCAGUAUUUAUCAUUUGAUUCUUUUUAAGCCCUUUUAAGCCUUUUGUCCUGCAGUCGCUUUAACGGCUGCCAGUGUGCCUUUGCACUUCCACCGUGAGUGGUGCUUUUAGACUACAGCUGUGGUCUUUGUUACUGGGGUCUGCCUGGGUUGGGUCACAUCUGGAGAGGUGAACUAGUUCACUGGUUACAGGCCAUCUUAUUUGCUGCUGGAGGGGGGCUGAGGAGUGGGGAGGGGCACCAGGGAGCCUCAGCUCCGCGCUCUGUCGCUCCACCCCCCCGCGCGCUGCGAAGGAUCGUGGACUGUGCGCGCUCAGAGCUGUCUUCCUGACUUCAUCAGCCUGUGCUAACGCACGGCUAACACUGAAUAUUUUAGCUCUAUGUCAGUAAUCUUUACUGCACGUCUUUGUGUCAGUGAAAAACCCUUGAUGAUUACCCAUUGCUAAACUAAGCUACUUAUAUUUUUGACAUAUUUGAUGUGUCACACAAUGUCAGGCAGACAGCUCACCAUCUGAAAUCCACCUCCUGCGUCAGAUGCUGGUUUAGAAAGACAGGAAUGCGCAGCAACAGCGAUGACUUCUUUAUUUCAGAGAUGUGGAGGCUUCUAGAUACAAAGAAUUAAAGUCUUUUCUCCCUAUUCUAUUGGCCAGGACUCAAGAAAGCAGGCCAGGAUAAAGAAUACAGAAUACAAUUGCAUUGAACCUGCUAAAACAAUCAAAGAAAAGCUAAUAAUACUUGUUGCCUUUAUACAAAUGUAAAACUCCCAAACAAAUGGGAUCAGUUCAUCUGGGCAAGAUCAAGCCAGUAACUGCCCUCCUUUAGUAAAUACUUUUGUAUUGGACAGUUAAAAAGCUUUAUUUGAGUAAAUGUGAAAGAAGCCUUUCUUCCAUCCCCAGUUUCCCUGUCAGCAUUAUUUCUCUUUGAUUUGAAAUGCAACAAUCAUUGCAUGUCUAGAAAAUAGGACUAUUUUGUUUUUGUUUGUUGUGAUUUGGUAAAGUUUAUUUCCAUAGUUAUGAAAUGUAUUGUUUGGACACUUUUACUAACGAUCUUGUUUUCUGAUUUGUCUCUUUUGGUUUUCCACCACUGAUAUUGUUAUUUAGAAGGUUUCAGGUGGGUGACAGUAAUCCUGCGUAGGUGCCUGGCGGAAAGGAACACUAGGGCAGCAUCAGUCCUCUCCUCUUCUUCCAGCCAGCUGCGGUCUCCACUCUGACAAAGUCCAAAAAUAUGGCUUGUUACCUGAAAGCCAUUGAGACUCAACCCAACUUUGCAGUGGCUUGGAGCAACCUGGGCUGUGUAUUCAAUGCCCAGGGGGAGAUAUGGCUGGCCAUCCACCAUUUUGAAAAGGCUGUAACUCUGGAUCCUAAUUUCCUUGAUGCGUACAUUAACUUGGGAAAUGUUCUAAAAGAGGCUCGUAUUUUUGACAGAGCUGUGGCGGCAUACCUCCGAGCGCUGAGUCUCAGCCCAAACCAUGCCGUUGUCCAUGGAAACUUGGCCUGUGUUUACUAUGAACAAGGCCUCAUUGACCUGGCCAUUGACACCUACAGGCGGGCGAUUGAAUUACAGCCCCAUUUCCCUGAUGCCUAUUGCAAUUUGGCAAACGCCCUGAAGGAGAAAGGAAAUGUUUCUGAAGCAGAAGAGUGCUACAACACGGCCCUGCGCCUGUGCCCGACCCAUGCCGACUCUCUGAAUAACUUGGCCAAUAUAAAGCGUGAGCAGGGCAACAUUGAGGAGGCGGUUCAGCUUUACAGAAAAGCUCUUGAAGUUUUCCCAGAGUUUGCAGCUGCACAUUCUAAUUUGGCAAGUGUCCUGCAACAACAGGGCAAACUCCAGGAAGCUCUGAUGCACUACAAAGAGGCCAUCAGGAUCAGUCCCACUUUCGCUGAUGCCUAUUCAAACAUGGGAAACACAUUGAAGGAAAUGCAGGAUGUCCAGGGAGCGCUGCAGUGCUACACACGUGCCAUUCAGAUAAACCCCGCCUUCGCUGACGCCCACAGCAAUUUGGCCUCUAUUCAUAAGGACUCUGGCAACAUCCCUGAGGCCAUAGCGUCUUACCGCACAGCCUUGAAGCUUAAACCGGAUUUCCCAGAUGCUUAUUGUAACCUGGCACACUGCCUUCAGAUCGUGUGUGAUUGGACUGAUUAUGACGAGCGGAUGAAAAAACUUGUGAGCAUCGUAGCAGAUCAACUGGAAAAGAAUCGUCUGCCUUCAGUUCACCCCCACCACAGCAUGCUCUACCCUCUGUCUCACAACUUCCGCAAGGCCAUAGCAGAACGCCAUGGAAACCUUUGCCUGGACAAGAUUAAUGCACUGCACAAACCCGCCUACGAGCAUCCGAAAGACCUUAAAGCAAGCAAUGGCCGCCUCCGCGUUGGCUACGUCAGCUCUGAUUUUGGCAACCACCCAACUUCACACCUGAUGCAGUCUAUUCCUGGAAUGCACAACCCAGAGAAGUUUGAGGUUUUCUGCUACGCGCUCAGUCCUGAUGACAGCACCAACUUCCGUGUGAAAGUAGUAGCAGAGGCUCAUCAUUUCACAGACCUCUCCCAGAUACCUUGUAAUGGAAAGGCAGCUGAUCGCAUUCACCAAGACGGGAUCCACAUUCUUGUCAACAUGAAUGGAUACACAAAAGGAGCACGAAACGAGCUGUUCGCCCUCCGCCCUGCCCCCAUUCAGUCAAUGUGGCUGGGAUACCCUGGAACAAGCGGCGCCCCAUUCAUGGAUUACAUCGUCACUGACAAAGAGACUUCGCCCAUGGAGCUGGCUGAGCAGUACUCAGAAAAAAUGGCCUACAUGCCACACACCUUCUUCAUCGGAGACCAUGCCAACAUGUUUCCCCAUCUCAAGAAAAAAGCCGUCAUUGACUUCAAAUCGAAUGGCCACAUUUUUGACAACCGCAUUGUGCUCAACGGCAUCGACCUGAAGGCUUUUCUGGACAGUCUCCCAGAUGUCAAAGUGAUAAAGAUGAAAUGUGACAACAACCAGGAGCCUGCUGGGGACACGAAUGGGGCCCUGUCUAUGCCUGUGAUCCCCAUGAACACAGCAGCUGAAGCCAUCAUCAACAUGAUCAACCAGGGCCAAAUCCAGGUCACCAUCAACAGCUUCACUGUCAGCAACGGCCUGGCCACCACACAGAUCAACAACAAGGCCGCCACAGGGGAAGAGGUUCCACGGACGAUCGUGGUGACGACUCGCUCCCAGUACGGCCUCCCAGAGGACUCCAUCGUGUACUGCAACUUUAACCAGCUCUAUAAGAUCGACCCUCCUACUCUUCAAAUGUGGGCCAAUAUCCUGAAGCGGGUUUCCAACAGUGUGCUGUGGCUGCUGCGUUUCCCUGCUGUGGGAGAACCGAACAUCCAGCAGUACGCUCAGACCAUGGGCCUGCCUGCCUCACGGGUCAUCUUCUCUCCUGUGGCUCCAAAGGAGGAGCACGUGAGGAGGGGGCAGCUGGCAGACGUCUGCCUCGACACUCCUCUGUGCAACGGCCACACAACGGGCAUGGACGUCCUCUGGGCAGGAACGCCCAUGGUCACCAUGCCAGGUGAGACGUUGGCAUCUCGUGUCGCAGCAUCACAACUGGCGUGUUUAGGUUGUCCAGAGCUUAUAGCCCACAGUCGCCAGGACUACGAGGACAUUGCGGUCAAACUAGGCUCAGACAUGGAGUACCUCAAGAUGAUCAGAGCACGCGUUUGGAAACAGAGAAUCUGCAGCCCACUGUUCAACACCAAGCAAUACACCAUGGACCUGGAGAGGCUAUACCUCCAGAUGUGGGAGCACCACGCCAACGGCAACAAACCAGAGCACCUCGUCAAUGUCCAACCGCCUGAAAGCACAGAGAAAGCCUGAACUGGAACAGCACCAGGGUCACUCCGCCUGUCCACCACCAUUAUCUGACCAUUAUUUGACUAGUCCUGACCAGUCUGAACCUUAUUGUCCGUAUCAGUCUAAAGGGGACGUGUAAAGAGCCUCCAGAUCUUCACUUAUUGCAUCUUUUGAGCCAGACGAAGCCUGAUACAUUCAUGAUCCUUUUGGUCUGAGACUCUGAACCACACUGAGCAUGAACAGUGAGGUCCCUGCUUUCCCCUCAGUGUGUGAGUCAGUGGAUGUCCCCGUUUUGUGCUUACAGGACUAUUCUUAGCUUGUGGAGCUCUUGCCGUCUUCACUAUCAAUCUAUUUAUCGGUGGAUUAAGUCUGUGUUUUAAGGACCGCAUUGACCAUUGAAAUCAAAACUUUUAUUUUAGUUUAAUCAAAUAGAAGGUUCGUCUUUAAAUUAAAAAUGCUCUUUAGUUUGUGUAUAUUAACUGACUGCAGUGGGUGUUGCAGGUUUAAUGCUCACCAAAUGCCAUCGUUGCUUAUUUUUGUUUAUUAAGAAUCAUCUUCUCAAUCAGUAGCUGUUGCUCUAUUUUAUGACACUGUGUGAAUGGGGGGAAAAAAAAAGUUGCAUAGAUGAUUGUGUGGUAUAAAUGUGCCCUUCACACCGUCCCAUCUUUUAUCAUUUAAACAGGAAUGGCCUAGGUAAGUAUUUUCUAUGACAUUUUUGUUUUGUAUUUGUCUUUUAACUGUAUGCUGUCACUGAUGCCUCGAGGCUUGAGAAACAAUACAAAAAAUAAAGAGCUGGCACCAA